GUUAGGUUCAAACUUUGCUUCACCCCUACAUAUUUAUUACGUUGGUUGCCCAUGUCGUUGCCAGUGAAAGUUGAGACCUGAAUGUUUUGGGGUUGUCUGGUUACCCGAUUAAAGUGGGCCAGCUCUUAAAUUUCAGUAUUGGGUCUGUUGGCAGCACCCGUUUGUUGUCAUUCGAUUGGUCUUAACGUUGUAACUGUUUCGACCAUGUCUCUCAGGCUAUCUUCCCAGUUCAUGGAAGACCUUUGGGUGCGGAAGUCAUUCUCUGCAGCUGGCCAUACGUUACUAGUCUACGACUAUCUCCUAACUUUCAGAGAUGAAUUCGUCUAUAUCUGGGACCCCCCCUGGACAGUUGUCAAAGUCUUGUUUCUUCUCAACAGGUAUGGGAACCUUAUUGGACAGACUGUCAUCCAGCUGGAAGAGGCUGGUCUCCUCGCACAUGAUUCUCAAAAGUUCUGUCAACGCUUCGUAAUUUUCACCACUUGCUUUAUGUUUGUAUCCACCGAGUCGAUCCACAUCCUCGUGCUCAUGCGUGCAUGGGCUAUCUGGGGAACUCGGAAGCGCGUGACGAAAAUCCUCACCUGGAGCUACGUGGGCUAUAUCGUUAUGCUGUUGUCCGGCUCAGCGUUUAAUUUAAACGCCAGAAAUAAUCAGUUUCCGUUCCUCGACGUGAUUCAUGUUUGCGUGACGAUAAUGCCUAAAUAUGUGUGGUUGGUUUAUGUCGGAAGCUUUAUUCUCGAUACAUUACUCUUCGUCUUGACGAUGCGAAGUCUCCGGAGAUACUCUAGGGAAUUUCAGCAACUCUACCCGUCUAGUCUCCUCCAUGUACUCUUUCGAGACGCGAUCAUCUUUUUCAUCGUUAGUACGUUCAGCAAUGCAUUGACCAUCGCCUCUUGGAUUGCAUUCGGGGACAAUCCAAAAUAUUUCCUUGGUAAAGGGUUCGCGACUCCGUUACUUUCAGUAGCUGGUCAGCGUCUAGUCCUGAACCUUCGAGGUCUUAAAACGCGUACCUACACAACUCGCGAUCUCAGCCGUGAAGUGGACCGGCAACUUCAAGCAUUUGCUGAAGUGGAUUCUCCAGGCCUGGAUGAUGUAGAGUUGGAAGGUGUGCGGGAGUAGGAUGUUGUUCUGUACCAAAUCGUUCGAAGAUGGCCGACCUUUGUGCUCGCUUUUUGUUUUCGGAAUUUUCUUCGCGUUUCCUAUACCCCUUCUAAAUAUUCAUAUUAAGUCGUCACUUCCAGUCGUCGCAUAUGAUUUUAAGUAAAACUGUAUUCAUUACAAAAGGAAUCCCGUGUACACGAUAUUGG